AUGAACGGAGAUCUCAGCCUGUCCCAGGCUCUGGGAGGGCUUCGGAUAGCCAAUCCAGAUGAUUCGCCUCUCCCAACGGAGAAUGCGACCGCUGGCUCAACGGGCUCCAGCCCGUUCGGAUUCCCGGACGGUUCGGUAUCAACACAACACAAUCCCGCACAUGACGAACACCCCUCCGCCUUUCCUCCUACAUCUACCGAUGUCCCUGUUACAGACGAUCGUCCGACUUCAACUCUUCAAUAUUCCCCCGAGAUACAACCAGUUCCAUCAGGAUCAUACCAGCCAUACUCGGCCCCACCCCUCUCAACGCCUCCGAAUCCCAACCGACCCCUUUCCUCCGUAUACGUGAAUGGCUCGGCAACAUCGGUCCUCCCUCGUGAUAGUACAUACCGCAUUCGAACCGAUUCCGGCGCUUCAUCCAGGUCUCAGGCACAAUUAGAUGCACGAGGAGGUUCGUCAGCGUUACAAGCCGGAGUUCUGGCGCGCGACAACUCCCAUAGCGACCGAUCCUACCGGACCGCGCAGAUUCCGGGCAACGGCCCGGCAGUGAUGCGACAGUCAUCUCGAGCACAAGCAAGAAGUGGCGGCACAUCCCAGAUGCCGCGAAGCUCUUAUAUGCCAGAAAAUGGCCCAUUAGCGAGUAGCGAGGAUUGGCAAGACCGCGGAGCCGCGGUCUCUGUAAGACAGGAAGUGGAUGCCAAUGGCCAAACUGUCUCUCGCUAUAUUAAAAAGGGCGUCCGAGACUUCUCGUUUGGGAAUACUCUCGGCGAAGGCUCAUACAGUACGGUCGUCUUUGCGACGGACCGGCAAACCCUGAAGGAGUACGCAAUUAAGAUCCUUGACAAACGACACAUUAUCAAGGAGAGGAAGGUUAAAUAUGUGAAUAUUGAGAAGGAUACACUCAACCGCCUGACCGACCACCCCGGUAUUGUGCGGCUAUAUUAUACCUUCCAGGAUGAGCAGUCACUCUAUUUCGUGCUGGACUUGUGUAAAGGAGGCGAAUUGCUCGGUGUUCUCAAACGGAUGACCACAUUUGAUGAGGAGUGUACAAGAUUCUACGGCGCCCAGAUUCUUGACACGAUAGACUACAUGCACAAGCGCGGUGUCAUCCACCGAGAUCUGAAGCCAGAAAAUGUGUUGCUCGACAGCGGGAUGCAUGUCAAGAUCACUGAUUUCGGGACAGCAAAGAUUCUCAAGACUCCCCGAAUCGAUCCCAGUUCAAAUGGCAUUCUUCCUCUUGACUCGGCCGAGCUUACACAGGAAGAGCGGGCGAGCUCUUUCGUUGGCACUGCAGAGUAUGUCAGCCCCGAGCUGUUGACGGACAAAAAUGCAUGCAAAGCCAGUGACUUAUGGGCGUUUGGCUGCAUCAUUUACCAGCUUUUAGCCGGUCGUCCACCGUUCAAGGCUGGAAACGAGUACCAGACCUUCCAGAAAAUUGUGGCACUCGACUACGAGUUCCCAGUUGGAUUUCCUGCUGUUGCGCGGGAUCUUGUCGAACGUCUUCUCGUCCUAGAUCCUGCUCGGCGUCUUCAGAUCGAGCAUAUCAAAAAUCAUGAAUUUUUUGAGGGUAUCACAUGGGGUCCAGAUCUAUGGAAACAGAAGGCCCCCCGUUUGAAGGCCUAUGUACCCCCCGCACGCGAUCCCAUCAAGCUCAAUGACAAUAAAAACGGAGAGAGUCUACCUCCAGUCGUCUCCACUGCCCCCUCAAACGCACCAAAUGCCAGUUCCCGCCACCUGCCACGGGUGGUAACUGAGCUACCCCCGCCGAGUCAGCUCGAUAUCGAAUGGUCACCGGUACUAAGCAAAGCUAAUGAGCGGAUCUUGAAAUUGGGUAAUUUGGUUGUUAUCUCUUCCGCUGCCUCACACAGCCCGACGUCCAAGAACAGUAGUGGCGAGCUUGAAGCACCAAGGAAGUUCUCUCGUUUCUUCUCAGGAAGCGCCACAAAGAAACGACAGCGGUUGGUGAUGGUCACAUCAUCAGCAAGGCUCAUUUUGGCCGCGUCAGGUGGUGAUGAUAAGAAGAUCAAACUUGAAAUUUCCCUGCUUGCUCCGGGGACAAGUUACAGAAGUACAACGGAUUCUAAAGGGAAUUCAUCCUGGAUUGUGGACACGAGAGAUAAACAUUACGUUUUCGAAGAUCCCAAGCCAUCAUCGAGCAACGCCGGCGCCACAGCGGUCCAGGUACAAGAAUGGCUGGAUGCCUUGGACAGGUCCCGGGAGAUGGCAUCACUGCAACAAAAUUCAGGCUACUCCGACGAUGCAUUCCGCGACCUUUCCUCUGGUUUCCCUAGUCCCGCCAAUACACUAGACCGCACUUCUGAUAUGCAGAAAGAUGACAGAGGCCCGCCAUCAUCGAGUCGGAAUCACUUAGUGAAACAGCAGACCGGCGACACUGAGUCCACGAAAGGAAGAAAACGAUUCAGCAAGCGUCAUUCAAAGAAUGGCCUCGCUGCGGUGUUCUAA